AUGCCUGUUUCCAAGCGUGCCCGCCUCGUCCAUGAGUCCAAGACCACCAAGAAAAACCACAAGGAGCAAACUCGACGCCUGUUCACUAAUAUCCGUGAGAGCGUUGAUAAAUAUGACCGUCUUUUUGUCUUUUCCGUCGACAAUAUGCGCAACACCUACUUGAAGGAUGUGCGCACCGAGUUCUCUGAUAGCCGGAUAUUCUUUGGCAAGACAAAAGUCAUGGCCAUUGCCUUGGGAAACACCGCAGAGACCGCCUAUGCCGAGAAUCUGGACAAACUGACACCGUUCCUUACCGGCGCUGUGGGACUGCUCUUUACUUCUCGACCCCCCGCUGACGUGCUCGCCUACUUUGACUCCUUCAGCCCAUUAGACUUUGCUCGCGCUGGCACCGUCAGCACGCGUGCCUUCACAAUCCCCAAUGGCGUGGUGUAUUCGCGCGCAGGCGAGAUCCCAGUCUCGGACGACGAGCCCAUCAGCCACACAGUGGAGCCGGCGCUUCGCAAGCUGGGCGUGCCUACGAGACUGAUCAAGGGUAAAGUCUUGCUCGAGCUUACAGACGGAGAAAAGGGCUAUCUGGUAUGCCGCGAGGGGGAAACGCUUGACUCACGGCAGACGACCAUAUUGAAGAUGUUUGGUGUCGCCAGCUCUGAGUUUCGCGUGCUCAUGAAGGCUCAAUGGGAGCGUGAAGAUCACACAGUGACGGUUUUGGAAAAAUCAGAUGCCGAGAUGGAUGUCGAAUAG